GGUCCUUCCAAGUUCUUUGCGAAAAUCAAGCGCUAGUUCUGCUUUUUUCCUUCCUUCGAUUGUUCCUACAGUCUACUGAGACAAGGGACCACCAUAGCGCUCUGCCAUCUUGAUCCUCAAUUGAGUUGACUCCGUCUCUUUCGUCAUGGCUGAAACUCUCGGGGCCGUGUCAGCUUGCGUCGGCAUCGCCGCCUUUGUUCUGCAGGUUACCUGCAGGAUGGAAGAUUUGAAAACCCUCCUACUCAAGGACAUUCCUGCCGAGGUUGCGGAUCAGCUGGGUCCGCUCUCUGAACGGCUCGAGUUGUUUCAAGCGCAUUUGGAAAGGCUGCGGUCCGAGUCACUCGAGGGUGAUCCCGCGGUCAAGUUCGCCGUCCAGCAAUCGUCGAGCCGCUUCCACAAGGUGGAGGAUGCCGUACAGCAGCUCCAGCGCAAGUAUCUUCCGGAAGGCCACGCACUGUCCGGUCGUCUCGACAAACUGAAGCUUAAAGUUACUCGCAAAGACAUUCUGGAACAAAUCAAAACCGCCAAAGAUAGCAUCAUGGAAAUGAUUCACGACAUCAAUCUAGCGUGUUCGGUCUCAACCCACUUUCUACUACGACAACAUGUUCGGAUGUCAGAGGCAAUUAUCGUUGCCCAUCGCAGGGACGCUUCUUCUGGGGAACUCGGUGGCCCGGCGAUGGUCCACAAGUCCGCCAUCUCUCUUGAACGCGCCAUAACGGAGACGACAUCGGUUCCAGAACGACAGACUCGGAGGAUAUCGAGAGCGAAGAAACACCAGCACUGCGGUCCACGACAUUGCGACUGCUUGUGCCACCUGACGGCAAAGACGUCUGGACGUGUCUGGGGCUUGGAGUACACGCCCCUUUCGAUCUUUCUGAAGAAGCCCGUGACCAGAAAAUGUUGUUCGAGCCAGUUCUGCCUGAACCUCCGGCUUGCGCUCUCGAGCUACGGCAUCCCACUAGCCAUCAUUGCCGGGCUGAACAUAACGGCAGAUGCAAUGGGGCACACGAUUCGACCAGUUCUCAAGACGGAGAGAAUCGUGAAGUAUACGUCCCCUGGCUUUGAGACUCUUGUCCGGUCCGCGCGCGGCGACAUCUCACUUGCACAGGCCCAAGCCAAAUUUUUUGAACUGUAUCGGUCGGAUCCUACCUUCAAAUAUCAUCGAGAUCCGUCUGGACAAAGCUACGUACAGCACCUUUUGAAAUACCCCUGGGGCUGUCGCAGUAGGGACCAGUUGAAGUUGCUCCGGAUGUUUGUGGACGAGUUUGACAUGAGUCUUGAGGACCAGGACUGCGGCUUCCUCGCCAAGUGCGCAGGUUGGAUCGGAGAAGGACCGCACCUUGACCUUCUUGAUGCUAUUCUGGAUUGUGGCUUUGAUCCAACUGCCAUCAAUUCACCACGCUGGGAACAGUGGCCACAAUCCUGCUCGCCUAACUGGAUUGCUGGAGAACAUACACCCGAUCCUUUUUUUGUCGAGUACCUCGCUACACUCGUGAGGGAAGGACCCACCUUCGCCGGCUCGUCAACACUCUGUAGCGUGGUUCUCACUGGUUCAGACAACGACGUCGAGGCUUGGUUGUCGAGAAGCCAGCCAAGCAGCCAGCAGUUGGUGGAGAGCACGACCUUCCUCGGGCAGAGCCCCUUACAUCUGGCUGUUACGAAGCCAAGCGUCUGUCGCAUUCUCUUGGACGCUGGCCAUGCUUUGGACGUCACCGACAAUUGGGGAGCAACUCCGCUCAUGUAUGCCGCCGCCAUGGGCGAGAAGGAGACUGUUGCUCUGUUACUAUCCAACCGCGCAAACCCGAUCAUCCGACAGAGGGACCCAAGGAGGCAUCGAUAUGACGACCGGGAAGGCGGCAGGACCUUUUUCCAUUACGCAAUUGCUCGAGGCCACCUCGAUCUCGUCAUCGACGCACUAGGGACAAUAGAGGAGACAUAUAUUAAUGGCGUCGAAGUUCGUCAGGCGUGUGCCCAGGUGGCCAUUAUCAGCACGAUAUCCUGUGAUCGACCUCCGUGGGACCACAGGGCUGAUUUCUUCGUGGAGUUGGUGAAGAACUUGCACGCGGCCGACGUCAACAUGUCCCUCACGGACAGCUUCCAGGGUGUGAACGACAACAACCUCAUGCAUUACGUGGAGUCUAUGGAAGAGGCAUCGGCUCUCGUACGGUGCGGCUUCAACCGAUUCAACGACCGGAACAGCGAUGGCAAGCAGGCCAUUCACUCACUGCUGGCUCGGUGCCGCGGUCCCGCACUGAUCAAAUUUUGCAUUGACAACGGCACGGACAUCGGGAACAAGGACAACCAAGAUCGAACGAUUCUGUUCGACUUGUUUUCUAGCUUGGAGUCAUUUGACGAUUGGAAAGCAUGGGAAAAGCUUGACGCAAUCAAGCUCUGUCUCGAGGCCGGGAUUGAUAUCUUUGACGGGGACAACUGCAAAUGCCCAUGCUCGCCAGACGGCUGUACCAUAUCUUGCAUCUUCAUGACCGAUUUCUCUUCGUCGACAUACUUCGGGCCGGGGCUUCUCUGGUCUCUCGAAUGGGUGACACUGGUCGAGGAACAUUGCGGCGUCGAGGCAGCAAGACGAGUACUGCUUUCGCUGCUUCGCCGGAUCAAGUGCGACGAACCCGAUAUCGAAAUCAACCACGUGUGCUGUCACCGGGGUCGCGCAAUCGCCACGCGCAGGCGUCGAAUGUAUCAGGCUCAACCACGGCCACUGGCGGACGACGACAUUGUCGAGAUUCUCGACGAAGAAAGUGGCUUCAUCGAUCUCCUGAACAUCGAGAUGGAGCAAUUGGCUUCGGAUAGCAUCCAGUUACUGAAAUCGAGAUGGAUGGCGGUUAUCAAGGCCACGUACGACGCUCAUGUUCAAAACGUCAACAAAGCGAAGGCUGAGUACAAGCCACCACUUUCCAAGGAAUCCCGGCUGAACCUUUUUCAAGUCGAUUACAAGAAUGACACCUACCAAACCGUUUUGUAUUAUUAUCAAGAGCCCAGAGCAUAUCCCAUGACAAAAGCAGUGUGCUCAUACAAAUUUUGGUUGCAACACGAGCACACGAGGCCUGACGACUACCCGUUCCGCAAAAUUCGAAGGAGCAGGUGGUUCGAGAGGCGUGCCGCUUUGGUCAAGGAGUUCAUCGAUAUAAUGGAAAUUCCGGUCGAUGAACUCAACGCAGAGAUGGCACGGCUUGAGAAAGAAAACUUGGCGCGAGGCACAAUCGUGAAAGUACAGUAGCAAAUUACUUCCUUCGUUCGAUACUUGUCUCUUUCAUUUGUGAGCACAAGGCGCCCUCGCUUACCUCGAGAGCCUAGCCACACAAAGAAGUUCAUCUCAUUCCCACAGAGGCUUUUCCCGAGCACUCGGCUCUUGUGUCCUCAGCAGCUCAACACAACCUCCCUACUUCUUUGAGUUCUAAUCUGGAGCAAUGCAUUCAGGUUGGCUUUGGGCAUCUGCAGCAUUGGCG